AUGACUCCUUUAUGGUCUAUUCCAUACGCACUUAUCACUGGAAACACAGUUGUUCUGAAACCAUCCGAGAAAGCACCAUCAGUCUCAAGGGUAAUGGCCGAAGCAGUGUUACAAGCCGAGCUCCCACCAGGAGUAUUCAACAUUGUGCAUGGAGAUCACUCCACAGUGCAGAUGCUAAUACUUCAACCAAAAGUCCAAGCCGUCAGCUUUGUAGGGUCUGAGUCAGUAGCACGCCAAGUGCAUGACAUUUCCCGAAAAGCUGGGAAACGGAUUCAAGCCGAAUGUGGCGGCAAGAACCACGGCGUAGUCCUAGAAGAUGCCAGCAUGAUGCCAGCUCUAUUCGCGAUAGCAGGCGGUGCAUUUGGCGCAGCGGGACAGCGCUGCAUGGGCCUGAGCGUAGCAGUUUUUGUUGGCGAGACGCGAGAAUGGAUACCGAAACUGGCAGAGAUUGCACAGUCUAUGCUCGUUGGCUACGGAGGAGACCCAAACGCUAAAAUCGGCCCUUUGAUCAACGAAGCGGCUAAAGUGAAGAUCGCAGGGGUAAUCACGCGUGCGGUGGAGGAGGGCGCUACCAUCUUGUGUGAUGGCCGCGAUGUUCAGGUUCCUGGAUAUCCCGAUGGAAACUUCCUAGGGCCGACGAUCCUCACUAAUGUGGAAACGUACAUGGAAUGUUACCAGACCGAGAUAUUUGGACCGGUCCUCAUCUGUAUGCAGAUGGCCACGCUCGACGACGCUAUUGAGCUGAUCAAUCGCAAUAAAUAUGGGAACGGCUGUACCAUUUUCACUACUAGUGGUAAACAUGCCAAAACCUUCCAACGGCGUGUGAAUAUCGACAUGCUCCUGGAAAGACGUACUGGCCCUUUUUUCACUACAACCAAAACGGUCUCGGCCCGUUGGGACGAAUAG